CAAAUUUGGGUUUUACAUCUCUGCGUUUACGGUUUAGAGAGAUAAGAAGGAAGAAGGAAGAGAAGAAAAUAGGAUUGGGCUCCCAUUAGGGUUUAUAGAGAGAAGGGUUUAAAGAGAGAAGAAGGGAAAAGCUUCACAAACCCUGCCAUUAGGGUUUACAGAUAGAAGAACGAAGAAGCUUCACAACCCUGCCAUUAGGGUUUAUAGAGAGAAGAAGGAAGAAAAAGGAAGAAGCUUCACAAACCCUGCCUUUAGGGUUUACAUAGAGAAGAACGAAGAAGCUUCACAAACCCUGCCAUUAGGGUUUAUAGAGAGAGAAAAGGAAGAGGGUUUGUCAUUUUCUUGGGGAAACAAGAAGCAGAGCUGAAGGAUUAGGUUUGGGGAACUACUCCUGUAUAUACAUUUGCUCGCUCCUAGAGAGAAGCAAUGGCUCUGACCGUGGCAGAAAAGAAUAAUGGUAUCAAACAGGGUGGAUUUUGAAGGAAUAAUUUCUCUUCCCUUGCUGCCUGUUCGAGCUUGGAUUAUUUGUGGCGAGUUGGUGCCUCCUUCAUGCUUUAUCUCUAUUGCUUCAAAAGCUGCAAUAAUCAAAUCGUCCUUGACCACCUGGGCCUGCCAUACAAGCCAUCUCUUCGAGUUCAAAAGAGUCACAUUACCCUUCACGACAUUGGCCUUGCCAAGAUUAACAGUGCCCAUUUCUCUCUCUCUAUCCUAGUUGAAACGAAUCACAUCCCUGAGUAAACCAUCAUUGUUGACGCCUUCACUGAAGCCCUAGCAGCAAUAGGUAUAUCUCUCUCUCGCACAGACAAGGAAAGGUAUUAGGGUUUGGUUUUCCUCUCCAUCUGGGUUAAGGUUGAUCCCUAUUGAUUUAGAGGCCAUAGAGCCAAUUCUAUUAGUCUUCAGUUAAUUCAAAAUGUCUCUCAAGGAGGCAGAUCCAUCUCUUGGUUUCCUCACCAAAAGGGAGACUGAGGUCAAGCUCCCAAGACCCACAAGGGUCAAGAACAAGACACCUGCUCCCAUCCAAAUCACCGCGGAGCAGAUUUUACGAGAGGCCCGUGAGCGUCAAGAGGCUGAAAUCAGGCCCCCCAAACAGAAAAUUACUGAUGCAACUGAGCUCGCAGAUUAUCGCCUCAGGAAAAGGAAGGAAUUCGAAGAUUUGAUCAGAAGGGUCAGGUGGAACACCAGUGUGUGGAUUAAAUAUGCUCAAUGGGAGGAGAGUCAAAAGGAUUUUGCUCGAGCCAGGUCAGUUUGGGAGCGUGCUCUUGAAGUAAACUAUAGGGAUGCCACAUUAUGGUUGAAAUAUGCAGAGGUGGAGAUGAAGAAUCGGUUCAUAAACCACGCUAGGAAUGUGUGGGACAGAGCAGUCACUCUUCUUCCUCGAAUCGAUCAGCUAUGGUACAAAUAUAUACACAUGGAAGAGAUGUUGGGUAAUGUUGCGGGUGCUCGACAGGUAUUCGAGCGCUGGAUUAACUGGGAGCCAGACCAUAACGGUUGGGCUGCCUACAUCAAAUUCGAGCUGAGGUAUAAUGAGAUUGAUAGAGCAAGAUCAAUUUAUGAGAGGUACGUACAGUGUCAUCCUACUAUUAAGGCUUGGAUACGGUAUGCUAAGUUUGAGAUGAAGAAUGGGGAAAUUGCUCGAGCACGAAGUUGCUAUGAAAGAGCAAUUGAGAGGUUAGGGGAGGAUGGGCAUAAUGAGGAGCUGUUUGUGGCAUUUGCGGAGUUUGAGGAAAGAUGCAAAGAGAUGGAAAGGGCUCGGUGCAUUUACAAGUAUGCGCUUGACCAUAUACCUAAGGGGCAGGCAGAGGAACUUUACAAGAAGUUUGUUGCUUUUGAGAAGCAAUAUGGCGAUCGAGAAGGGAUUGAGGAUGUGAUAGUUGGGAAGAGGAGAUUUCAAUAUGAGGAAGAGGUCAAGAAAAACCCUCUUAACUAUGAUCAUUGGUUUGAUUAUAUUCGUUUGGAAGAGAGCGGUGGUGAUAAAGAGAGGAUCAGAGAAGUCUAUGAGAGAGCAAUUGCUAAUGUACCCCCUGCUGAGGAGAAAAGAUAUUGGCAGAGAUACAUUUAUCUUUGGAUUAACUAUGCUUUGUAUGAAGAGCUUGAAGCUGAAGACAUGGAGCGCACAAGAGAAGUGUACAGGUGUCUUUCAAUUUGGGAAUGUCUUAAAUUGAUCCCACAUAAGAAUUUUUCCUUUGCAAAGAUGUGGUUGUUGGCUGCCCAGUUUGAAAUACGGCAGAAGAAUCUGAAGGCUGCACGCCAAAUUCUGGGAAAUGCAAUUGGGACUGCCCCAAAAGAUAAAAUUUUCAAGCAGUACAUAGAAAUAGAGUUGCAGCUUGGGAACAUCAAUCGUUGCAGAACUCUUUAUGAGAAGUAUCUGGAGUGGGCUCCUGCAAAUUGCUAUGCUUGGAGCAAGUUUGCUGAAUUAGAGCAGCAAUUGGGUGAGACUGAACGUGCAAGAGCAAUAUUUGAGCUGGCAAUAGCUCAACCUGCACUAGAUAUGCCAGAGUUGCUAUGGAAGGCAUAUAUAGAUUAUGAGAUAAAGAAAGGCGAGUUCGAGAGAACUCGUCAACUCUAUGAGAGGCUUCUAGAUCGCACAAAGCAUCUGAAGGUUUGGAUCAGUUAUGCGAAGUUUGAGGCUUCUGUUGGGUUAGACGAGGAAGAAAAGGAUGAGGCCAUUCUCCAUGAAGAAAACAUGCAGCGCCUCCUACGCUCUCGUGGUGUAUAUGAGAGGGCAUUUGAGUACUUAAGGACGGCAGCCCCAGAGCUAAAAGAAGAGAGAGCCAUGCUUUUAGAAGAAUGGCUGAAUAUGGAGGCAAGUUUUGCGGGUGUAGGGGAUGUUAGUUUGGUGCAGAGGAAGCUCCCCAAGAAGGUCAAGAGGAGAAGAGCCAUUGCAUCUCAGGACGAGACUCCUGCUGGGUUUGAAGAAUAUUACGAUUACAUAUUCCCCGAUGAAGUUGCUUCUCUUCCGAACACAAAAAUAUUGGAGGCAGCUUAUAAAUGGAAACGGGCAAAAGCAAAUCCCAGUAAUGAUGAUGACUGAGAAAACUCCUUCUGUACAGUGAUAUGUACCAUAGUGAAAGGAUUUUGGUUGCAACGUGUCCAAAGUUUUGGUUUGUGGAAAUUCAUCUUUAGAGAGAAUUGUAACUAUUUUGUUUUCUUCUUUGUACUAGGAGUGGAAAAGCUACAUUAAAGAUAUACUCCAUAUUUAUGAGUACCCUAACAAAACCCUUCAAUUAAA